GUGAAAUUCUGGGUACAUUCCCUUAGUCAUGUGUUCUGACUGAGCCGAGUCACACGCUGAAAGAGAAAAAGAAAGCACAAAACACAGUGGAAGGGCAACAAGGGGGCGGGGCUAAAUGUGUCAUCACAGUUUUACAUGCACAAAAAUAGGAAGAAGCACACUGUAAAGAGAAUGAAACAGACAGAGAGGAGUUUGCCAGAAAAGGGGUAGAGAAAUAAGAAGAAUGUUUGAACAAAUAGCUGUGAAAUAAAGAACAGAUGAAUAUUAAAACAGUGGGAGGGGCUUUAUAGAAAGAAGAUCGAAGGUUGUUGCAACAGCCAGGGUGACUCUGUUGAAGAAAUGAAGAUAUCGACGCGCCACAUAAAGAUUCUGCCAAGGCACUUCAGUUCAGUAUCAUGUGUUAGCAAACAAACACGGAUUAUACAUUGCUGCGAGUAUUGAUUCACCAGAAUCGGGGCCUCAACCAAACCUCCUGUCUCCAUUUGAACCCUUCAUCAGGUUCAGACAAUGUCUGUCUCCAUGGAUGGGAGGGAGGGGCAGUGUAAUGGAGAGGAAAGAGGUGAUAUCGAAUCCCCUUCAGGACAUUCAGCCACAGCAGAUGAAAUAAGCAUAGCACCCACAUGGACGAACGGUCAAUGUGUGGCUUUUGUGUCCACAUCCUCUGUGUUCGUGCCAACAUUUGACCUGGCAGACUGCAGGACUCAGUUGGAGACAAAGGGCUUCCAGAUCCCAUUAGAGAAUUUUGAGGGUCCACUUCAUUCAGCUCUGGACCACCCGUCCGUCAGAAGAUAUCUGCUUUUCAACUCAUCCUGUUUUAAUUGUAUCAUGGCGGCGCUUUUGUAUCUGGUGGUGUGGUGCGCGCUGUUCUCAACCAUUCACAUGUACCUCAGAGAAGAAACGACAGACCUCUUAGUGCUCUGUCUGUCUGUCAGUGUGGUCUCUGUAAUCCUCACCAGCACCAUUAUCCUCAUCUUCCACUACAACAACAAAGAGAUAAACAUGAACACAGAUGUGCGGUUGGUGGCAGUAAAUGAGCGAUUGGUUCAACACAGGAUUCUGUUGGGAGUGGCUGACUGGAUGCAGAGAUGCAGAGGAAAACUGAAACUCUUCUGUGUAUACUGGGACCUGUCCCCAUGUCUGAGAUGUCUGACUGAAGCUCUGGAGGAGAUGAGUUUUGCCAGGGAUCAAGAACAGAACAGACUCAAGAAAAGAAUGUCCCACCUUGUUCUGGUGACCGAAGUCAAGACGCUGGAACCUGAAGGUUCCGAGGAAGAGCGCCCCUUGCUUGUGGACAGAACCGAACAAAGCGCAUCGAAAACUCAAAGAGACGACUCCAAACUUACAAAAAACAUCAGUUUGAUUCCUGACACCACCCUUUCACAUCAGGUGAUUGCUCACCAGCUCCUGAUGUCCUACAGUGCACUUUAUGUCCGACUGCUUGUAUCAAACAAGCUCCCUACAUCUUCACAGCUGCCUUUGGGUGCGGGGAAAAAUCAUUCCACUUCCUCUCUGUGUCUUUGUGAGUAUGUAGCGUUAAAAGUCCUGCAGUAGACGGAAGACGACAAUCAAAAUUAGCGAUGAAUCGUGCGAUUCUUAUGCUCAGUUUCACAAUGAAUUGCGAUUCAAUGCCACCACAUCUGAAAGCCAGAGAGUGCUCUUGAGCAGAAACUCCAAUAUGGGCCGCAGAAGAAGUACGAUUUACACACAUAAGCGGUUUCUCAAGUAAGCAUAGAACGGACUGGUGUUCUCAGGUAGACUGGACUUGCGAGGCAGCCUCGGAAGAACGAAUGUGGAUGGGUAUGCCGCAGUGACUUCUGGGACUUCAAGCAGGUUCCUUACAUGCGCAAGGCUGCAUUCUAUGUAUCCUUGAUAUCAAUAACACAUCCGGGUACUUCCAUGCUUCGCAGACUUUGAUGGUUGUUCAUGAUGUAGACGAGGACACGAGGACACAAGACCGCUGAAGAAUGCAUUUUGAGAAACGGCCAUACUUUCAGGAAAUGCCAGUGGUCAUAUUCUAUUGCUGUUCUUCAAACCUAUUCAGUUAUUUUCAUGAUGAUAAAGUAUAUUUAUAAUGAUGAUGUUUGACGAGUGUUGCUUUUUCAAAGCACGUUAUAAAAGAUUCAAGCUCGUAGUAAUUUAAGAAUGAGCAGUACUUCCUACUGAUCAAAGAGUCUUCUUCACGCAGGAGCUGUGCAUAAAACACAGAAUCGAAGUCUUUGCGAUUUCAGAAUCGCCCAGAUAUGUACAAUUAGUGUCAUGUCUUUACUAAGCCUUUACGGGGCUCUAAGCACGCACACUUAAACCCUAACACAGCCAAUUCUAUUAGUUGUGACUGUGUUUGGGAGGUAGGAAUGUGAUAUAAAGAAAAACACAUAAACUUUGCAUUACAAAUGUAUUGUGAAUAUCAAAACCUUUUAUAAUUUCAUUACUUCCAAUUUUAGGUGAACUGUGCCUUUAAAUUUUGAGCAAAGACCAUACAAAGGCUGUGAAAUUUAUUGUUCAAUGCAUUUUACUAUUUGCAAAGAUUUGUAUUUGAACUUAUAAACACCCUUUUAAAGCCA